CAGUGUUAGACCACUAGAAAGGGGAGAGAUUCCCACAUAGAUGCUUUAUAAAACAAUUAAACUUGAAGAAAAUGCUUACAGGAUCAUUUAAGAGCAAUCAAGUGAUUUCCCUUCUCUGUGCUCCCCCACAGAUGCUUAUGGUGCUGGCUCCAGCUAGGCCGCGGACUGAAGCUGACGAGGGUCAGUAUUAAGAAAUGCAGGUUUUAAGAAACUCCGGAUCAUGGCUUCUGAGGUCCUGGGCUGGACCUGGGAUGACCAGGCUUGUGGCCUUUGCUCCAGCUCAGAAUAUCCACACCGGAGCUCCAAGGUUAGAAGAUGCAGCUGCCAAGCAGAAAAUUGAAAAGGAAGCGGCUCCAAGUCGCUUCAGCAUUUACCCUCCAGCUCCAGGACAGGAAAGCUCUCUGCAAUGGGCAGGGAUGAAAUUUGAAGAGGUCCCAAUUGCACACAUCAAAGCAACCUACAACAACACACACAUCCAGGUAGUCUCUGCCGCUAACACAUCCCUGGUCCGUACCUCCUGUGGCACAGAAGGCUUUCGAAAUGCCAAGAAGGGCACCGGCAUCGCAGCACAGACAGCAGGCAUAGCUGCAGCAGCAAAAGCCACAGGAAAGGGAGUGACCCACAUCAGAGUUGUAGUGAAAGGCAUGGGACCAGGACGCUGGUCUGCCAUCAAAGGACUGACCAUGGGGGGUCUGGAAGUGAUCUCAAUCACAGACAACACCCCUGUUCCACACAACGGUUGCCGACCACGGAAGGUACGAAGGGUGUGAUGAGAAGCAACUCUGCACUUGAACCUGACCUAAAGUCACGCCAGGUGAAUCCUACAGAAAGCUUGCAGCUGCUGGAGCUGGCUGCUCUCACACUUGGGGGAGCAUUCCUCUCCUUUCCCUUGAAGCUGAAGGUGCUGUCAAGGCUGGCCUCUCUCUUGGACAUGAAGGAGUGGGAACUACAGGCACGCAGUGGCUCCAGCCUCUGCUCUGAAAAUAAAAGGCUAUUCUCUGUA